AAAAAUAAUACUAAUAGAUAAUCUAAAGGAAGACCCACAUUGAAUCAUUGAUCCUCCUCUUUCACCAUAAUCCACGCACAUUCUCUGUACCAUCAUGAUAGUGGCCUCUCACAUGUUUCUUUUUCUCUUCCUCCUCCUCUCCGCUUCCCGCUCCGGCGAAUCUUCGCCGUCCGGAGACGGCGUACCAAUGGACACGGGCGAUCUUAACAGAGAGAGUUUUCCGGGAGGAUUCUUGUUCGGAACUGCCACGUCAGCUUAUCAGGUGGAAGGAGAGACCCACCAAGACGGUCGUGGGCCAAGCAUUUGGGAUGCCUUCGUCAAGAUUCCUGGUAAGAUAGCUAACAAUGCAACGGCUGAGUUAACAGUGGACCAAUAUCACCGUUACAAGGAAGAUGUAGAUUUGAUGCAGAACCUCAACUUCGAUGCCUACAGAUUUUCUAUUUCAUGGUCCAGAAUUUUCCCUGAGGGAACCGGCAAAAUCAACUGGAAUGGAGUUGCUUAUUACAACAGAUUGAUCGAUUACUUGAUCCUAAAAGGUAUAAAACCGUAUGCGAAUCUGUACCACUACGAUCUUCCUCUGGCUUUGGAACAAAAAUAUCAAGGCCUGCUUAGUAAACAAGUAGUGGAAGAUUUUGCGGAUUACGCAGAGUUUUGUUUCAAGACAUUUGGAGAUAGAGUGAAGAAUUGGAUGACGUUUAACGAGCCGCGUGUUGUAGCUGCUCUAGGUUAUGAUAACGGCAUUUUUGCUCCGGGUCGAUGCUCUAAAGCAUUUGGAAACUGCACUGAUGGUAACUCCGCGACCGAGCCAUACAUCGUUGCCCAUCACCUUAUCUUGGCACACUCAGCAGCCGUCCAGAGAUACCGCCAAAUUUAUCAGGAGAAAAAAAAGGGAAGGAUUGGGAUACUACUGGAUUUUGUUUGGUUCGAGCCGCUUACGAGUAGUGAAGUAGACAAUGACGCUGCUCAAAGAGCAAGAGACUUUCAUGUCGGAUGGGCACAUUCGGAAUGGUUAUACAAUGUUCCGUGGGGAAUGUACAAGGCAUUGAUGUACAUUAAGGAACAUUAUGGUAACCCAACUAUGAUUCUCUCAGAAAAUGGAAUGGAUGAUCCGGGCAACAUCACUCUAGCGCAAGGACUAAAUGAUACAACGAGAAUAAAUUAUUAUAGAGACUACUUAGCGCAGCUUAAAAAGGCAGUAGACGAGGGAGCCAAUGUAACUGGAUAUUUCGCAUGGUCAUUGCUUGAUAAUUUCGAAUGGUUAUCAGGAUAUACCUCAAGGUUUGGAAUUGUGUACGUGGAUUACAAGGACUUGAAGAGAUACCCCAAGAUAUCUGCGUUAUGGUUCAAACAACUACAGAAACGGGAUCAAAACUGAGCUCAAUGUGUCUAUGAAUAGAUUAUGAUUGAGUUACAAGUGAAUGUUAUAUAAAGCCUUAAAGGAACUAUAGGGUCGUGUUUAUCUCCCUUUUGAGCUUUGAUGGAUUGUGAGGUGACUAUGCAUGCGACUGCGUAACUUGUGAACUCUCUGAUCUUUGCUAACAAAAAAAAAGAAAACUUGAGAACUCUCCC